AUGGACCUUAAUAGCUUCGACCACGGCGUUGGGAAUCAAAGAAAGCCCUUCAACAUACCAGGACACCUUUCACGAGCAGAUUCAGACAUUGGAAGUAUCGAAUCAGAAGACCCCCUGGCUAGGGAUGCACCAACGAGAAGCCGUCAAACAAAGAUCGCCGUCGUAUUGACCAGAUCUCCGGGACAUUGGGACUCAUUUCAUGAGGUCAACGUUGCGGAUGAGAACCUCGACGGUCCUGUCAUCUCGGACUUGACGCCACGGGGAGAGCCCAGAACAUUGUUCAAACCAGUCAGCGCCCUCGCAGUGCCGAGUCCGAGUGGACCAUCAACGGCAGUUUCCAGCGACACAGCCUCAACCACUCCCGCUCGCGGUCGGGGAAGACCAAAGGGCUCGUUCAAGAAGCGCGAUGGACAGCUCACAGCCGCAGCCUCCCGUCAGGCCCGGCAAAUCAAGACCCGGCCUCAUCUCAACGGUUUCCCGAAACGAAGAGGACGGCCACCAAAGAACCCGUCACCGCCACCGAGGGACAUUUACCACCAGGUCGACGUGCCGUUUGUCGCCUUUCUGUGUGAGUGGAAUAACUGCAAGGCGGAGCUACACAACCUUGAAACAUUACGGCGGCACGUCUACGUCGUUCACGGUGACUCGAUUCAGUGUCUGUGGGGGUCGUGUGGGCGUCGAGAGGAACCUUACGAGUUUGACGAUGACGAAAGCUUCAACAAGCAUGUUGAAGAGGCGCACAUGGUACCGCUCUCAUGGCACGUCGGCGAUGGACCAAACAACAAAGGCUGCCGGAAAACCGCCGAGAACGAGAUACCAGAUUAUCUAAAAGAUGAGAAUGGGAACCAGGUGACGCCCUCAAUACGAGAUCAGCAAGAAGAGGAUAUUAUGACAUGGAGGAAGAAUCGACGCAAGCUAAAGGAGCUGCUGAUCCGCAUGAACGAGAACCUCCCAGACGAUCCCGAUGUGGACAUUAUCAUCGACGACGACGCUGCAUGA